AUGUUGCACCACCUCUUUGCCCCUAGUUGUCUUGGAGAGGGAAUUAAACCACGUCACUUCUCCGUCCUGUUUGAACACCUGCAGUGGCAGAUGCAAGAGUUGCAAGAUUGUUCGGGCUGGAUUUUUCGAUGUUCCCACACGCUGACCACAUUUAUGCCAGGCCAUUUUGCCCUUGGCAGUUUGUAUCCAGUUCCCGCUAUUUCUUCUACGUACAUCCGCUACCUCAUCGGAGGUCGCUCGAGUGGUCGUUUUUUCCCUCAGAUAGUUGGCUUCGGCCUUCUGGCUUUGGGCAUAUUUCUCAAAAUCGACUACAGAUUUCGUGAGUACCUAAGCGAGAGGUAUCAGAAUGCGGCUUCUGACUAUGGCACCCUUUACAUUGGAACCUAUUUGAUAAUCACUAUUGCUAUAAUGAUGAUAGUUGUUAGUUUUUUUGGAUGUUGCGGUUCAAUCAAGCUUAAUCGAUGUUUACUAUUUUCGUACUUUCUCGGACUGUUAUGUUUGUUUCUGGUGCAGUUUUCGUUUGGAAUACUGCUGGUGGUCAAACGAGAUGCGAUCGAAAACGAAAUCGCUGAUUCAUUGGAUUUCAUGGUAUCUCGAUAUUAUAAAGGCAGCAGUGUCUUCCAAGAGGCACUUGAUGCUUUGCAGAUUGCGGUAAGUGCUUGCUAG